UAUUACCGUAACGCUAGUAUUCGCGUUUGGGGGCAUUUUUUUAAAUUUAGAGUGCUCAAAUAUUACCAUAAAUCUAAAAUUGGAGAUUAACGCCAUUUUAUUUUCUAAUCGAAUUGACCGAUUCUGUCUGGACUGGCCUUAAAUCGCAUCCCAUUUGUAGCAACGUCUAUAGAAGCCUUUAAAGCAACCAAAGACAAUAGACAUGUCUGAUAUGCUUGUAUCCGAACGAACUAUAAAAAAUUAAUGACAGAUGACAGUUGUGACAGUGCGUGGGAGGUGACCGGCGCGGCGGGGGGCAGGAACGUCAAGUCAAAUUUCACAAUUUGUACUUGUUUCGUCACAAAUAUUAAUUUACACCCAAAUUUGUGAAGCGUCUAGUGUAUUAGUGGAAUAGUGAGUUUAUAUAACUACCAAGAAACGUUUAGGUGAACGAUUUCAGCCGUCCAAACUUAAGUAAUCCAAGAUGGCGGAGGUGGGAUUCCCCGGGCAGCACACGACCACCACGACGGUCACGUCCAGCACCACGGUGCAGACCAAUAUCCGGUUCGAUCCGCUCUACGUGCGGACGGCGCCGGGCAUACUCAAAGUGGUUCAAGUUGUGUCCAGCCUACUGGGCUUCAUCUGCGUGCAAGCCGCUCGCUACCAGUACAGGGGAUACGGCUCCUUUUACUCCUGGAUUUCUAUGAUCGCCUUUUGGUUCACCGGCAUCCUACUCGGCCUAUACCUGUUCCACCUAGUGGAGAAAUUCUACAAAAUCCCGUGGCUCAAGAUGGAGCUCGGAUUCUGUGGGCUGUGGGCCUUGUUGUACCUGCUGGCGUCCAGUCUGGUCGUCUCCGUGUACGCCAACGCGGGUUAUUCGGCUGCCGCGUUUUUCGGCUAUGCAGCGAUGUUCGCGUACGCCAUCGACGCGUUCCUUAAGUACCGCGCCGUGCAGGCCGGCGGCCUCGCGCAGGGCUCGCGCGUCGUGUCCAAGCAGACCACCGCGGCCGUCACCGUCACCACGCCGCCCAGGGAAGGUUAUUAAGCUAGUCCACUGCAUAUGUUAAGCUAUGUUCUAGUAGUAUUAUUUGCUAAUCGGAUAGUAUAUUUAAUUCGCACUAGGUAUCAGCGGGUAACGACGAAUUCACUGACAUUUUUACAAGACAAAGAUCAAAAAAAAAAAUUUUCUAUUAUCUGUGCGGAAAGCGUCUGCGCUAAACGAAGUCGCCGUUGUCGGGUUCCGUCGAACAAAAAAAUUGCAUCACACCUCGACCAGUUAAAUAAGGCCUCAGAUCACAUGUUUAUCGACCUCGGCUUAGGCUUGGUCUGAGGUAUUUCUUAUUUUACUACUCUUAUCUAUUUUAUUACACGCCUCUCAGACACUAACCCCCUUAUUAAUAAACGUGUACUAAAGUUACGAUGCUGCUGAUCAUCGUUUGUCCCUUUCCAUCAUACCGAUGCGUCGGAAAGGGACAAACGAAGAUCAACGGCAUCGUAACUUUAGUACACGUAUAUGAAUAAGGGGGUUAGUGAUGUAAAUAUAUUUUAGAAACCUUGGCUUGUAAAUAUGUUUAUGAACUCGACCGUUCCUUCCGCCUAUAUCUACACUAACAAUUAGAUUAGAUCAGCGAUCUCUAAACUUCAACCGGCAGGCCGAUACACUGGAAUGACGCCAUAUUUGUGGUUGGACUUGAGAAUUUUCUGUUUUUCGACAAUAACUUUUUAUUGUCCUAACAAAUAUCUAUAAAAUUUAGUUAGGAACUUGGGAACCUUUUCAGGAAUACCCCUCCAAAUUUAUACGAUUCUUUGUCAACACCAUAACAUCAUGAACAUUUGACUUGUUAUCGUAAAACAGGACAUUUCUCAUGUCUAACCACAAGUAUGGCGUGAUUCCACAGUGCGAUACAAGACUACAAAAAGUGCAAGAUUCAUACGGUCCACGAAAAGUUAGUGUAGGCCUGGGGCCCAUUUCUCGAACCGUAUUAGUUUAAUAUUAUUAGUGUGUUCCGUGGUAACCCAUACGAUUUAACAGUUCGUAUACUAAUAAUAGUCUAAUACCGUUCGAGAAAUGGGCCCCCGGCUGUAGGCCUCGGGUCAAAAAGUAUGGAGACACCUGGAUUAGAUCAUCCGAUCUCGGCCUUCGGCCUCGCAUACAUAUACGCUCGAGCGCUCCAAGCCUUUGGCUUUAGUAUGUUCUUUGAACUCGUUCUAUGCGUUAUCUGAAUUACAUUUCUGUUAGACAAUUUUCUUCAUGCACUGGCUAGUCGAUAAAAAUUUAAAAUCUUUUUUUAAGUCGUUGUGGGCGAAUAAACUUUUAGACCGAUAUUAAUCUGUUUACGACUUUUAAACUUCAAUCGCAAAAUUCGCUUACGAAUAUAUUACUUUAAAUCAUUUUAUGUUAUACAUAUUAUAAUUACAACAAGCGAAUAGGGUUGUUUCCAUCUACAAAUCUUAGGGCAGAAUUGUAUCCCAAUAAAUUCUUUUGGAUUAUAAGAACAUGUUAAACUACUUUUAGGGGACCUGUAAUGACCAUAUUUUUGUAAAUAUUGAAUUUAAAAUAUCCUUUGGCACACGUCACGUGACCAAACUCGAAACGUCAUUGAAGAUUCUGAUGACGUCACAACUCUCGGAUUGACACUGUUGACAGUUACGCGAUAAACAACAAAUGACAAAUGUCAGUUGACAGUUCGUAUAUUCUACGUGUGUAUGUAGUUAUGUGUCAAACCGUAAACUGUGACGUCACACAAUUUUCAAAGAGCGUUUUGGGCGCGAAAGCAUCUGUCAAAAUAUAUUUAAUUAAUUUAACAUAUUUAAAGCCGUUUUUAGUAUAAAAGUUGAAUUUUAGGGCACAUUUUAGUUAAUAUAGAACGUAAUACAAGCGUUUCAAACAAUUGGAAACAACCCUAUUGCUCUGUAAUGAAUUUUAAUUUAGACAAAUAUUAAAUUGGAAACGUGAUUUCUUAGUCACUCCAGAGACAUUUUUGAUAAAGCCUGACACGUGAAGUUUUGGUCUAAAACUUGUUUCACCCAAGUAGAAUGUAGUGGAAACAACUCUUAUGAAAAAUGUAGGAUAAUUUGGAAAGACAAUUACUGCUUUUAAUAAUCAAUUUGUCUGUAUUGGUUCAAAUUAAUUUUCUUUAGUAUAUAAGCUAUGCCCUGAAAAAAUUACGUGCUGCAAUAGAUAUAUUCUAAAAUGUUAUAUAUUAGUUAGCUAAUUUAUAUUAUUAUAAGGAUAACAGUAUCUUUGGAGUAUAGAAUAUGAAAAAUCCUG